AUGGAGCUCUGGAACUCCUCCUUGGGAAGUGGCUUCAUCUUGAUGGGCAUUCUGAAUGACAGUGGCUCUCCUGAGCUGCUCUGUGCCACAAUUGCAGUCCUGUACAUGUUGGCCCUGACUACCAAUGGCCUGUUACUCCUGGUCAUCACAAUGGAUGUCCGACUCCAUGUACCCAUGUACCUCCUGGUCGGGCAGCUCUCCCUCAUGGACCUCCUCUUCACAUCUGUUGUCACUCCCAAGGCCCUUGUGGAUUUUCUGCACCAAGAAAACACCAUCUCCUUUGGAGGCUGUGCCCUUCAGAUGUUCCUAGCACUAGCAUUGGGUAGUGCUGAGGACCUCCUACUGGCCUUCAUGGCCUAUGACAGGUAUGUGGCCAUUUGCCAUCCUCUGAACUACAUGGUCCUCAUGAGGCCAAGGGUCUGCUGGCUCAUGGUGGUCACUUCCUGGAUUCUGGCAUCCCUGAGCUCCCUAGGACACACCUUGUAUACCAUGCACUUCCCUUUCUGCAUGUCCCGGGAAAUCAGGCACCUGCUCUGUGAGAUCCCACCUCUGCUGAAGUUGGCCUGUGCUGAUACUUCCAGAUAUGAGCUCCUGGUAUAUGUGAUGGGCGUGACUUUCCUCUUGCUUCCCCUCUCUGUCAUUGUUGCUUCCUACAUAUUAAUCUUAUUUACUGUGCUCCACAUGUCCUCAAAUGAAGGAAGACAGAAAGCCCUUGUCACAUGCUCUUCCCACCUUAUCGUGGUUGGGAUGUUCUAUGGAACUGCCACGUUCAUGUAUGUCUUGCCCAGUUCUUUCCACAGCCCCAAGCAGGACAACAUCAUCUCUGUUUUCUACACAAUCAUCACCCCAGCCCUGAACCCUCUCAUCUACAGCCUGAGGAAUAGGGAGGUUGUGGGGGCCCUGAGGAGGGUCCUGGGAAAAUACCUGUUGCUGGCACCUUCCACACUCUAGGAGAGGCUCAUGGCUUGCCUU